AUGGAGCCCCGAGCACGCGCCGGCAAGAAUGUCGGCAAGAUGAACUUCUCCCACAAUGAGCUUGCUCAGCUGCUCUAUGCCCACGGCGAUGUCAAAAACCCACUCCCAGAGACAGUCCGUGUCCUGGACGAGAUCUUGACCGACUUCAUGCAAUCCAUCGCCUUCGAAGCCUCGCGUGCUGCUCAUUACUCUGGCCGGCAGAAGAUAAAGUAUGAAGAUUUCGAGUUCGCGUUCCGCAAGAAUCCGGCAUUCUUGGGCAAGGUGCAGGAGGUCUUCGAGAAACAAAAAGAGAUUACCAAGGCCCGUCACCUUCUCAGAGACGGCGAGGAUGAGGUCAUGAAGGACGCGGCCGAUGAAGAGAAGAAGCGGGGAAAGACGUCUACGAAACCCGCCAAGGAGGAGGAAGAGUUGGGCGAGGCGGACGAUGAUGCCGAUGCGGAAAUGGAUGCCCUCGGAAAGAAGCGAGGUUAA